UGCAAAGGAAUUUAGACUUGAUAAGGAUUAUAUGAGCAAAAUUGUGACAAAUGCCUGGACUUUUAUUAAUGAUUCAUUAGCAACCAGUCUUUGUUUAUUAUACGAACCGGAAGUUAUUGCUGUUGCUGUUCUUUAUAUGUCGUUUAAAAUGGAAAAAAUUGCCUCCCCGUUGUCUUUGGAAGGAGAGGAAGCAAAAAUGGGGGAAGAUACUGAAUGGUGGAAUAUUUAUGUGCAAAAUUUGGCAGUUAAAACUAUGGAGGAUAUCUGUCAUAAGGUGUUGGACUGUGUGGAGGAUGCAGGUGUAGAAGACAUUGACGAAACGAGUAAUUUAGCUUAUAAUUAA